AUGCAAGCACUUUUUAAUAUUUUAAAGAAGAGAACAAAAUUUGAUUGGACAGAAGAAUGUGAUAAAGCGUUACAAAGUAUAAAAAGUUACUUAAUGAAUCUAUCAAUCAUGCAGAAGGAAAUGCCAGGGGAAGAAUUGCUCUUAUAUUUGGCAUCCACACAAUAUGCUUUAAGUGCUGUUCUGAUACGCAUGAAUCAAGGAAUUGCAAAACCAAUAUAUUACAUAAGAAAGACAUACAAUUCAGCGGAAAUAAAUUACUCCAAAAUAGAGAAACUAAUUCUCGCAUUGGUGUAUUCCUCAUUCAAACUUUGCAUUUAUUUCCAGGCUCAUAAGAUUAAAGUACUAACCAAAGUACCAAUAGAACCUACAAUGAAAAAUUCGAAAAAGUCGGGAAGGAUCGAAAGGUGGAACGCAUUAUUGGGGAAUUACCAUGUUAUCUAUGAAGUAUUAUCAUCACCUAAAUCACAAGUUAUCGCAGAAUUCCUCGCAGAGUUUCCCUUAGAAGAAGAUGAAUAUGUUGAGGACAUGAUGGAUGUUGAUGAAGAAUAUGGGAAUCCGAAGGAUCUAUUGACAUAUCAUAAUCCAAACAGGUGGGAAAUAUUAGUCGAUGGAUCAUCCAAUGGAGAAGGAAAUGGAAUUGGAAUCGUAUUCAUUUCACCACAGGGAGUGCGAACGGCUUAUUCAUUUAGGUUGGAAUUCGCAUCCAUAAAUAAUGAGACUGAAUAUGAAGCAGUAGUUCAUGCAUUAAGAUUAGAAAUUGAAAUGCAAAUAAAAGAAUCCAGAAUAACUAGUGACUCACUAUUAGUAAUUCGGAAAAUUGAAGGUUCGUAUAGUACCAAUGAGCCAUCUUUACAAAAAUACAAGAAAUUAGUAUCAGAAUUGGGAGCACAAAUAAAAAAAGUAAGCUGGAGGCAUAUUGGUAGAAAAGACAACAGAUUUGCAGACGCAUUGGCCUUUAUCCCUUCUAUGUUAGUAGAUCCAGUUGCAAGAGAAUUAAAAAUUCAAACAUUAUUCUUGCCUUCCGUAGAGAAAGAAGAAGAAGAAAAGGCAGUGGACGCGAUGAUAGUAGAAAACAUUCCGUAUGAGCAACGUAUUGGAGAAGAAGAUUGGAGAACUGGUCUCCAUUUAUAUUUAGAAAACGGAGAUGUACCGAAAAAUAUGUUGGAGGCUCAUAAAUUAAGAAGUCGUGCGAAAAAUUAUGAAUUAAGAGAGGGUAUCUUAUAUAGAAGAUCAUUUCCUGGACCUUCACUUAGAAGUUUGACGCGAAAAGAAGGUAUAGAAAUUCUAAAAGCGCUACACUAUGGAGAUGCUGGCAAUCAUAGUGAAGAAAAAUCACUAGCAUACAAAGCGAGAAUACAAGGGUAUUAUUGGCCAUAUAUGCAUGAAGAUGCAAAACAAGUAUCAAGACGAUGUGAAGAGUUCCAACGUCAUGGGAAAAGAAUACACGCACCUGGAGUAGUGUUAAAUAAUUCGGUAAACGCAUGGCCAUUUGGAAGAUGA